AUGUUGUUUACCCCUUCGCCGCCUCUUUCUUCUCCAUCGGUAUCAUCUUCAGCGGAAAGCGAAUCGUCACCAGCAUAUAACACUUCUACUUCCAACGCUCGAGAUAUUGAAAAUCAAUGUUAUAGUAUCAUUUCCUCUGGAAAUAAUAAUAAUAAUAAUAAUUCGAUAUUUCUUACCAAUGAUCGAGCAAAUAGUCCAUUAUUAUCAUCUACAAGUGAAACUCAGUGCUCCCACGUGUCCGAUCAAGAAAAAUUCUAUUCUCCUUUCUCAAGUUCAUCCUCAUUGCCUUCGAUUCGAUUAACGCCAAUCAAAAGAAUAACUCCUCUUCACUGUGAUUCUCAUUCUCAACCAUCUGUUCAUGAAAAGCUAAGAAGUCUUCUGUGGUUGCCGAAUAAGAUCACAUCGUUGAUUCCUGAUGCACUGACUGCUCCCAUGCGUCCGACCAAUCCCAAUCAACGUUCUUCGGACGAUUUAAACUAUUCAUCAAAAACAACUUUAUGGUCAAAUAAUACCGCUUUACCCAUCGCAAAUCCAACAGCAGCUGCUGCCCUUGUACAAGAUAAUGAGAUGACACAUUAUGAUGAACGACAAAUGAAAUCAGCAAGGUCAUCGCCAUUAGGUACUCCAAGAACAAGUGAACGUACUAAUCGAUCACCUACCGAUUGUUCUAAUAAUCUCUUUGUAUCUACUCUACAUACUAAUCGUAAAGGGAUACUAAACGUAGGCGGUGUUCGACAUGAAAUUCUAUGGCGUACGCUUUCCCGUCUUCCAAAUACGCGUUUAAGUCGUUUGGCGAAAUUACGUAAAAUGGCAUUACAUUCAGGACGUUCAAUGCCUUACGAUGAAGUGAUGCGUCUAUGUGAUGACUAUGAUGCAUCAACUGGUGAAUACUUUUUUGAUCGACAUCCGCGAACAUUCUCCUCGGUGAUUAAUUUCUAUCGAACGGGAAAAUUACAUUUAGUCGAUGAUAUAUGUGUGAUAUCGUUUCAUGAUGAACUAAUUUAUUGGGGUAUCGAUGAAUAUUAUUUAGAAUUAUGCUGUCAAAAUAAAUAUCAUCAGAGAAAAGAUCAUGUUCUGGAAGAAAUGAAAAAAGAAGCCGAUUUAUUAAAGGUCGAAAAAGAAGAAGAAGAGACCGGUGAUCGAUGGUGUGAGCACAGUCGAAAGAAAAUCUGGGAUCUUGUCGAACACCCGCAUACAUCGAAAGCAGCUCGAAUUAUCGCAUUUGUUAGCAUUUCAUUUAUUCUUCUUUCUUCUUUUACGUUAACAAUAAGUACUAUCGAAGGUAUCGGCUGUACGCCGAAUAUAUCCGAUAUAGAAACGAGUCCUAUCGCUCCGAUAUCAGCGGAUGCUGAUGCUGUACAUAUCGCUGCACAAGCAACAGCACGAGAAUUAGCCAGUGAACAUCAUGACAGUACAAGUGAAUGUCGUGAACCGCUAUCUUUGUUUAUUAUCGAAACAAUUUGUAUAACUUGGUUCACCAUUGAAUAUGUUAUUCGCGUUUUUACUACACCUGAUAAAUAUAAAUUCUUCAAAGGUGUUCUGAAUACUAUCGAUCUCAUUGCGAUCGUCCCGUUUUACGUCUCAAUCGUACUCGAAACAUUGGACACAGGUCAUUUUAAAAACAUUAAAUCUGUACGAAAAGCUGUGCAAAUCUUUCGUGUUCUACGUAUAAUGCGUAUUUUGAAAUUAGCUCGUCAUUCAACUGGUCUACAGUCAUUAGGUUAUACCCUGCGACGAAGUUACAAAGAGCUAUCAAUGUUAUUGAUGUUUCUGGCCAUAUUCAUUCUCCUAUUUUCUAGUUUAGCUUAUUUCGCUGAACGAGAACAUAACGCCAUACAAUUUCGUUCGAUACCACAUGCAUUCUGGUGGGCGAGUAUUACAAUGACAACCGUUGGUUACGGGGAUAUCUAUCCGAAAUCAAUGUGGGGUAAAUUGAUCGGCGCCGUAUGCUGCGUUUGUGGAGUUCUUGUGAUUGCUCUACCAAUCCCAAUUAUCGUCAAUAAUUUCGCGGAAUAUUACAAAGAACAACUACGACGUGAAAAGGCUUUAAAACGCAAGGAGGCCAUUGAUCGUGCGCAAAAAAAUGGUUCAAUUAUGUCAAUUGCAACUGAUUCGGUAUCAAAUUUAUGUCAAAUUGAUUUCAAUGCACGACGUUUAAGUGCCUGGAAAACAACGGCAUACGUAUCAGUAGCUCCUGAUGAACCAUUACAUGAUUCCGCAUGUUACGAAAAGAAAACAUCGGAAACAUCUUUGUCACAUAUUCCACAUACAGUUGAUCUGUACCCGAAUGCGGCUAACGGUCAACAACGAAUGAUGACAGCAACAGCUGAAGAUGCAAACAUCGAUGUGAAAGAGGAAAAUCACGCUAUGGAUCAUGAACCUAAAAUCGAUAAAUGCUAG